UCUGUGCUGAUGUUGUUUUCUUGUCAAAACUGGUGAAAAACAAACUCGUAUUUUGGUGUUAUUUUGGAGGCAUUUUCCGCUGUCGAAAUGACGUUCGACACGCCGAAUCUGACGUACAUGGCCCUGUACCUGGUGGGGGCAAGCAUGGUGGCGUCGACACCCCGGUCUGCCACCCACUGGAAGCUCCAGAAGGGCGCGGACGGUGUGGUGCUGGUUCAGCCGAGUCUGGCCGAGGACGCGGCCAAGGUUGCGAGCGAGGACCCCGUACUAACGAUUCUGACACAGCAGAAGAAUUACGACGAAUUUAACAGCGACGAAGACGGGAACGGGGGAGAUGGGUUGCAUCAAGAAGGAGAAUGUGUAUCGUGUGAGAAAAUGGCUGGAAUGGAACGACCAAAAUUUCAACAAGUUAAAAACAAGAAUUUAGAUCCACUGGAGUGCACCAAACAUGUGAAUAAAACGGCGUACGAUUCAUUAUCUGGCAUCAUCGAUCGAGCGAAACAUCCAAGCAUCCCAGAACCAGAGGUUGCGCUAAUUUUCAAAAGAAGUGACAGUGAUCAGGUUGAUAUGUCGGCUCUGGAAACGUCACUCAGAGACAGGAUCACAGAGACUCCCAGCUCUCUGGCCGUCCUGAACCAAGUGGGCAACUUCUGGCGCAUCAAGGGCAACACCUUGCUGGCCAUCGAGUGCUUCCGCAAGGCCUUGUCCAUCUCGCCGACCAACCCGGACAUCCUGCUGAACCUGGCCCGGGUGCUGUUCAACAUGCAGCGGCUGCCCGACGCGCUCUUCCUGACGCAGAAGUCACUGCAGCACAAGGGUGCCGACCAGAACGCCUGGCUGCAGCACUUCACGCUUGGGGAGGUCCACAAGGCCAUGGGCAACUACCAGGAGGCCGGGGCUUUCUUCCGUCUCUCGCUAGACCUCAACCCGACCUUCCAGCCGGCCGAGGCCCACCUCCGGGAGCUCGAGCAGCCCUUCACGGCCGCCACCAACGCCACGCUCUACACCAUCCUCAUCAUCGGGGUGCUGAUAUUCGGGGUCUGCGUGGUCCUGUACUAUGUGACCGAGGCCUACCUGAAGGACAGCGGCAACCAGCACCCGCGCCGGUCGCCCAAACUCGCGGUGCCGUGGGACCGGGUUCGAUUCCCCAUCCCCCCGCGACUUGUGAAGAACAAGAGAGGUGGAACCUGCUAAAUUUUUAAAGAGAACGUGUGGUGAACCUGGGUACUUUAUUUAAAAAGCUGUCGUAGAUACAAAGAGGGUCAUGGAGGCAAGGAAAUGGAGUUGAUGAGGAAAAGAGUUGAAAUAUUUCUCUACAAAUGGAAAAGACCAGUAUUAUCAUUGUAGACUGUUAUUUUUACAAAACCUGUUUAAGUCAACACAAAAUCUAAGCUUAAAAAAUUACACAGAAAUUGUGUGGAUUACAGUCCUCAAUCCUCAAAUAUAUUAAAAACUGAGUUUUUUAUUCACACACACUAGGGAGGUUAAGGUGGUAACAAAAUGUUGAGAAUAAAAAAACAGCUUUCCGGACUUUAGCGGAUGAUUUCCAUUUCAUGUUCUUGUCAAAUGCUGUGACAAGUCGAUUCUAAAAAGCGACCUUUCUUCCCAUUUAUGCUCAUUUAAGGAAUGAGUACGCUUGACAUGCCCCAUUUAAAGGCACAAUUAUGAUGCUAGACUAUUAACAAGUUAAUAUUUAUUUAUCAGCUGAGUUUCAGUAAAUCUAGUGAAAAAUUUGACCAUCUGGGAAGAAUGUUGCAUCCUUGUCCUUUUUUUCCCCAUAAUAUAUGAUCUUAAUGAAGGUCAGUCAUUGCAAAAAUGUUGAAAAGACAUUACUGGGACUGAGAAACAUUUACAUCUUUGUUAGAAAUUUUUUUGAAAAUGUUCUUGACUCUCCAUAGACUUUGUACACAACCGCUAAAGUGGCGUCUGGAUACUACAUUCUCUCCGCAACCAUUCUGUCAAACUUAUAAGCCACAGAUCCAUGUACCGGUAUUCACAUUCAAUUUUUGUAUCAACUUGAAGCUUGAAACAACUGGAUUAUUGGUUCAGUAAGAGUUUUGUCUCGUGAUGUAACUGAAGUGGAAAUCAUCCGUUAAAUUGGUUUUUACUUCCAAAAAACCCCCAUAAAAUACCUCAGGAAACUCUUUAAGAUCAAAGCUUAACACGCAGGUGUACUCUACAUUUGUUGUGAGAAAUCUCAAUCUGGUCUUUGUAAAUGAUUUAUAGGGAAAGAAAAAUGGUUUUAAUUUUUCACCCAAUGUCUUCAGUUUUAUUUACUGAAAUAAACAAAACUAUUUUACAAAUGCGA